UCUUGGAAUCCUGUGCGAUUACCUCACUCUCCGAUAAUAAACCCUAGCCGCGUCUUCUGGACAAUUUCAAUUUCAAUUUCGUUGAGAGAAGAAGAUACAAUCCAGAGGAAAAAGAUCACUUUUUUUCCUUCUGGGUUGAGGGAAGAAGAUGAAGCCUUCUCAGAAGAGGGAACGCAAACACAAAAGACAAGAUGCUUCAUCGGCGGAAAACGCCGGCGGCGAAGUUAAAGAAGAAGCAUCGUUACCUCAAUCCCCUGAGCCAAUUUCAGCUUCCGAAGCCAACAACCCAUCUCCGUCGCGACGCAGCCGUGGGAGAGGUAAAAAGCGUAGACUGAACAACCAAUCAGAAGACAAUAGCCAGAGGACGUCGUCUCCGGAGCGUAGAGCUCGUCACCAUCACUCUGAUCAGAAGAAUGGUGAUUGUAGCAAUGGGAUGGUUGUCUCAACGACUACGGAUUCGAUUCCUUCUGCUCCGAGUUGGGAAACUGUUGUUAAAGUUGUGCCUUCAAUGGAUGCUGUGGUGAAAGUUUUUUGUGUCCACACUGAGCCUAAUUUCUCGUUGCCAUGGCAAAGGAAACGACAGUAUAGUUCGGGUAGUAGUGGUUUCAUUAUUGGUGGAAGAAGAGUUUUGACUAAUGCACAUUCCGUUGAGCAUCAUACUCAAGUUAAACUCAAGAAGCGUGGCUCUGAUACUAAGUAUUUGGCGACAGUAUUGGCCAUUGGAACUGAAUGCGACAUUGCUUUGUUGACAGUUACGGAUGAUGAGUUUUGGGAAGGAGUAUCUCCUGUGGAGUUUGGAGAUUUACCAGCUUUGCAAGAUGCUGUUACUGUUGUUGGUUACCCAAUUGGUGGUGACACAAUCUCUGUCACAAGUGGCGUUGUUUCACGUAUGGAGAUAUUGUCUUAUGUACAUGGAUCGACUGAGCUUUUGGGAUUACAGAUAGACGCAGCUAUAAAUUCUGGGAAUUCUGGUGGCCCUGCAUUUAAUGACAAAGGAAAAUGUGUCGGCAUUGCGUUUCAAUCUCUAAAACAUGAAGAUGCCGAGAAUAUUGGUUAUGUCAUUCCCACACCAGUUAUUGUACAUUUCAUUCAAGAUUAUGAGAGGCAUGACAAAUACACAGGUUUUCCUGUUCUUGGAAUUGAGUGGCAAAAGAUGGAAAACCCUGAUUUGCGUAAGUCAAUGGGUAUGGAAUCUCAUCAAAAGGGAGUGCGGAUAAGAAGAAUUGAGCCAACCGCCCCAGAAUCACAGGUUUUGAAGCCAUCCGAUAUUAUCCUUAGCUUUGAUGGGGUUAAUAUUGCUAAUGACGGAACUGUUCCAUUUAGGCAUGGAGAACGAAUUGGUUUUAGCUAUCUUAUAUCUCAAAAGUACACUGGAGAUUCUGCUCUUGUGAAGGUUCUACGUAACAAAGAAAUACUUGAGUUCAACAUAAAACUUGCAAUCCACAAGAGACUAAUCCCUGCACACAUAAGUGGCAAACCUCCUUCUUACUUCAUCGUUGCUGGCUUUGUAUUUACAACUGUAUCUGUUCCAUAUCUUCGAUCUGAGUAUGGAAAAGAAUAUGAAUUCGACGCACCUGUCAAGCUAUUGGAGAAGCAUCUUCAUGCAAUGGCUCAAUCCGUGGACGAGCAGCUUGUUGUAGUUUCGCAGGUUCUUGUAUCUGACAUUAACAUUGGUUACGAAGAGAUUGUCAACACCCAGGUUGUCGCCUUUAAUGGCAAACCUGUGAAAAACUUGAAAGGUUUAGCUGAGAUGGUGGAGAAAUGUGAGGAUGAAUACAUGAAGUUUAAUCUAGAUUAUAAUCAGAUUGUUGUUCUGAGCACUAAGACAGCAAAGGAAGCAACUUUAGAUAUUCUGACCACACACUGCAUACCUUCUGCUAUGUCUGAUGAUCUCAAGGCUGAAGAAAGAAACUGAGACAAAAGGAGGCACAUCCAUAAACAGGAGAGGAAGAGAGAUUUUGGUCCAUUGCAGGAUACAGAAGCAAAUACAGUCAUAGAAAGACAGAGAAGCUCUUAUUUUUCUUGUUCUGUUUGUUUUUUGUAUUUGGAAAAAUAUGCAGGAAGAAAAACGUUGGUUUUCUCUAUUAUAUUCUUCAGUCUGAACUUGGUAGAAGAAUCAUAUAUUCCCCCAAUAGAAAUGGAUGAGAUAUGAUCAUAUACAUUUUUUUAAAGUGAA